AAGUGCAUUCCAUUUCCGGGUAGCUUUUCGAGAAAAAACACAAUGGCUAAUUGUGUAAAAUAUUUAAUGUGAACGACAGUUUUACUCAUUUCAGUAUAUUGUACGAGUUUAUACUCAAUGAACACUGAAGCGUCGUGGGCUAGCUCAGCUUGCAUGCUGCUAACAAGGAAACCCGGAAGUUACACAUCGCUCAGCAAAGAUCAAAGCGUGAGUGUAAAGCGUUGUAAUUGUGUGAAAGCGUGUAGAAUACAACUACUGAGAGCGUUGUUGAAUCGGCGACUAACUGCUGCUGUUGAAGAAAUGUUUGUCGCGUGAGAAAGAACGAUAGCGAGGAGGAGCUCGUCCCGGACAAAAGAGGAGAGCGAGCGACAACGUCAACUACUGGUCGCUGUCUCCAAGAAGCAUCACGUUGUGCAUCACAGAGCAGACGUCACCAAAGAACAUCUUCCCUCUGAGCAGCAGGAGUGGAACUCCAGGAUGGAGCAGGAGGAACAACAGACCCCCCGCAUUAAGGAGGAAGAGGAGGAACCUCAGCCCCUCCACAUUAAAGAGGAAGAGGAGGAGCCACAGCCCCUCCACAUUAAAGCGGAAGAGGAGGAGCCACAGCCUGCUUAUAUUAAAGAGGAAGAGGAGCCACCACAGCCCCUCUUUAUUAAAGAGGAAGAGGAAGAUCACAGCAUCAGUCAAGAGGAGCUUGAAGGCCUGGAGGUUAUUGUUGUCCCUAUGAAGAGUGAAGAUGAUGAUGAUGACAAAGGUCAAAGUGAGGAGAAGAGCGAGGUGGAACCUCCAAGCAGCAGCUCCACUCAUCACAUGACAACAGAAGCUGAUGGAGACCACUGUGGAGGAUCACAAGCAGACAACCUCUUAGCUCCACUAUCAGAUAGUGACGACAUAACGUCACACUCUCCUGAGGCUGAUGAUGAAGACUCUAAAGCUGGUAUGACAUGUCACACUGACAAAAAACCCUGGAAAUGCUCUCAGUGUGAUAAAACCUAUGCUAAUAAGCGCUAUCUGAAAACACACUUGAAACGUCACACAGGAGAGAAACCUUUUGCCUGCUCGGUUUGUGAUAAGAGAUUCUAUCAAAAAGAAGAUUUAAAUAGACACACAAGAAUACACACUGGAGAGAAACCUUUUUCUUGCUCUGUGUGUGGUAAAAGCUUCUAUCAGAAAGGCGAUUUAAAUAGACACACAAGCAUUCACACUGGAAAGAAACCUUUUCCUUGUUCAGUUUGUGCCAAAGGAUUUGUUAAUAAGACACAUUUGAAAGAACACACAAGAAUACACACCGGAGAAAGACCUUUUCUUUGCACGGUGUGUGGUAAAAGUUUCUCUCAAAAAGGUGUUUUCGAAACACACACACGACAACACACUGGAGAGAAACCAUUUCCUUGCACAGUGUGUGGUAAAAGAUUCUCUCAUAAACGUGUUUUAAUCCAACACACACGAGUACACACUAGAGAGAAACCUUUUCCAUGCUUGGUGUGUGGUAAAAGAUUCUCUCAAAAAUGUGAUUUAGAAGCACACAUAAGAGUACACACUGGUGAGAAACCUUUUUCCUGCUCAGUUUGUGCUAAAGGAUUCAAUGAAAAGUCAAAUUUGAAAGAACACAUAAAAAUACACACUGGAGAGAAACCUUUUCCAUGUACUGUGUGUGGUAAACGAUUCUAUCAUAAAGGUAAUUUAAAUGGACACACAAGAGUACACACUGGGGAGAAACCCUUUUCCUGCAGAGUUUGUGGUAAAAGCUUCUCUUGGAAGAUAUCUUUGAUAAGACACACAAGAACACACACUAGUGGAAAUUAGUCUCACAGUUGAUUCAUGAAAAUGUCAUUUGAUCAAGAUUGCGCCAUUCUGCGGCUUUGUUUUUGUGUUAAAUAGCCUAUUUUGAUACAUAUUCAUCCCCAUUUGCGUCAUAAGACCUACACCUGCGCAAGAUGGCAGCACGUACACACAGCAAAGCCCAGCGUCUCUUUGAGAUUUACAGUUUCGUAGUUAUUUUGCUCAUAUGGGGUCUCGUUUAACAUCUUGAGUUACUGGAUCUUGGAUUUCGCAGUUCCAACAUUUUUAUCACAGAACUUCGACUUGUCUCUCAGAGCUCCACAGUACCAGCGUCUACACACACCACCCAGCGGGGCGGAAGUGCUCGCAAGUAUCGAGAACGUAAACAAAGGUGAGGAAAGUGCAGAGGAACACAUCAAGCUUACAUCAACCUAGCACACCGCAGGCAUUUUUCUCGCUCAUGUGGGCUCUUUAGUGAAUAAAAUGAACGACUUAUGAUUCCACAUCAUCCACAGUAGAGACUUUUAGCCUGCAAUGUCAUAAUUCUCACUGAUAAAUGACUAAACAGAAGAGUACCAGACAAUGCUAUUGAGCUAACCGACCACCGCACACAUUGGGCUGAUAGAACAGGACUGUGCAUCCAUGUGAACUGCUUUGUUUUCUGUGUCACUAAAUAAAUAAAGGUACUGUUUCUGCACACCUACCAUUUUCAAUUGUUUAAUCUGAGUGGUUUAGCCUCUCUUUGAGGUGGGAAAAGUGGCCAAUUUCAAGUUCUUCUCUUUGCAUCUUCUCUGAGUGGCGACAUGGGAGCCUCAAAACAACUGUCAUGCCGAAGCACAUUUAGACAAGCUUCAUUUUGGAAUAAGGUGCUGUGGACUGAUGAAACUAAAAUUUAGUUAUUUGGACAUAACAAUGGGCCGUUAUGCAUGGAGGAUGAAGAACACUUGCUACCCACAGUAAAAUUUGGCGGCGGUUCCAUGAUGAUGUGGGGUUGUGUGGCCAGUGCAGGUACUGGCAGUCUUGUUAAAGUUGAAGGUUGCAUGGAUUCCAGUCAGUAUCAGCAGAUUCUUGCGAACAAUGUUCAAGAAUCAGUGACAAAGCUGAAGUUGCGCCGGGGCUGGACACUUCAACAAGACAAUGACCCUAAACGCUGCUCAAAUUCUGCUAAGGAAUUCAUGCAGAGGAACAAAUCCAACGUUCUGGAACGGCCAUCUCAGUCCCCAGACCUGAACAUUAUUCAAAAUCUGUGGUGUGAUUUAAAGCGGGCUGUCCAUGCUAGGAAACAUCAAACCUGAGUGAACUGGAGAUGUUUUGCAAAGAAGAAUGAUCAAAAAUACCAUCAACCAGAAUCCAGACCCUCAUUGGAAGCUACAGGAAGCGUUUAGAGGCUCUUAUUUCUGCAAAAGGAGGAUCUACUAAAUAUAUUGUCAUUUUUCUGUUGGGGUGCCCAAAUGUGUGCACCUGCCCACUUUUGUUUAAAUAAUUAUUGCACACUUUCUGUCAAUCCUAUAAACUCCAUUUCACUUCUCAAAUGAUAUAUUUCACUGAAAUUGUUCAUCCCAACAACCAUUGACUUAUAAAGGAAAAUCUUUUUCA